AUGGCAGUGGCACCAAUUUCAAUAGAAGAUGCCCUGAAGUUGGGGAGCACUGACUUGCGCUUCACACUGAAUAGAAACGAUGUGUCCAAUGAUGUGCAGGCGGCCUUUUUUACGAACAAAGUGACGACAGUGCAAAAAUUCUCGUCAUUUUUCCGGUCCGAAACGGACUUGGUGGAAGUGCUGCGAGACUCCUUUGGAGUUAAUGCGACUGCAGGUUUGGAACAGAGAGCGCAAGUGGCUUCUGUGAUGUGUGCAUGGAAGGAAGCCCAGACGAAGAUGAAACGUCAGGCGGAAGUGGAGGCAGAAAUGGAUACCAGGGAAUGGACCAAACCUAUCCCGACUGGAGACUAUAUAAGUCUACGCAAUGCCUUCAUGGAGAUACAUGGACGCCUGGAGGACAAAGUGACGCCAUCAAAAGAAUUUUUGGAAAAGAAACUGCAGGAGUUGGAGAAUGGGGAGUUCAGGGCGGAGACAUUGGCUGAGGUGGUAUCCAAAGACGAGGUGGAUCCAGAUGUCUUGGUUCCAGUCUUUGAUUCAAAGGGCAGCUUGACAGUGAAGAAAGGUGCAACAACAGUGGCGUUGCCGUCUGGACCCGAGCAGUUGCGCAGGAGACUGUCGGUUAUGCAGAAUGCCUUGAUUAUGCUGGCUUUGAAGCACACCAACAGGGAAGAAAUCCAGGACAUUUCCAAAGAGCUUUUUGACCGCUACAAGGAUUAUAUCUUGGGCGACUUUGUCUAUGGUUUGUCCGCGACUGAUUUGAAUGGACAACAAAUACAAACUCCACCGUGGAGCCUGGUGCUAUCUUAUGAGCAGGCGAUACGGAAGAAAGCUUAUCAGCUGAUGCUCACUGACAAACUGAAAUUAGGGAAGUGCACUCACAAGGGAUGCAAGUUUGCGCAUCUAUGCAACAAGUGCUUCAAGAAAGGCCACAACGCGAUGAAUUGCAAGGAUGCAAAGGAAGAAUUCAAUAGCAGCUUGGUUGCGAAAACUCUCAAAGAGACUUGGCGUGACAGUGCAAGUGGAGAUGGUGGAUAUCCAGGUGCGACCGCAGAUACGGAGGGAUUGGCACUUUUUGAGAACCCAGAGGAUUUGGGAGCAGUGAAGUCUGGAGAGAACCAGGGAAACAGACCUUCUAGCAUGUGGCAGUGGCUGGACUUUGACACGUUGUUAAAAAAGGAGGGCAUCACAACAGCGGCUUUUUACCAACAAGAUUUUGGGACAGAGUACCUCAAACCGACAAGACUUUUACUCUGCAAGUUUGGGAAGAAACCAUUCUUUGAUGACCAGGGAUACUACAUGGGCCCGUUGCAGCAGAGAGCAGCAACGAAACAGCUCAUUGGUUUUUCUGCAGGACACUUUCAAACUACGGGCACAGAGCAGUGGCCAUCAGAAAUGUGCAAAUGGAUUGCUGGAGAGAUAUUGGGAAGUUUUCUGCAAAAAACAUCCCAGAAAGAAACCACCAUUGUCACUGCAACCGAGGGGGCUGGAGACAAACUGGACAAUGCUGCUUUUCCGGUUUCAAAGCCCGAAGGCAGAAAGCUGGUUGGAGGUAUGGGAGAACCGAGAUUCUGUCAUACCCCGGGGAAAUCAAGGGCCUUUCAUGACGGAGCAGGUUUGGCUUCGAUGGGGCGUUGGGAUGUGGAGAAGCGUAUUUGGUCACAGAACAAUUUUUGGAAGAUUCUCAGGGAAAAGACAGUGCAACUGGUAAUUGAGCAUUUGCCACCAGGGACUAACCUGGACAGGACUUGUUUUGAAAUGGCGGUCAAAGGGGAAGCUGGUUGUUCUUUGGUAAAAAACGAGGAGCUCAAGCAGGGCUUGCGUGAACUGUGGAUAGGGCUCCUACAGGAGCAUGGUUGCAAGGGAGAGCACUUGGACAACGUGGCGGAGGGGCAACCUUUUUUCUUGCGCCUCAUGCGAGAGUUAUUGGUGAAGUGCGAGGAUCCUGACAGAGAUUUUCUUCUACAAGGAGAAGAGGGAUACCCUGUAGGUAUCCUGAAACCUUUGCCACGCACACCUCACAUAUACGAGGAGCAGACUGCUUGGAAGUUGGAGGCAGACCCCUUCAUGCAGGGGGAAGUUUGGAGAAACAACUAUGAGUCGGUCCAAGAGCACGAAGACUUUGUUAGGGAGCAUUUUGAACAGGAGUGUGCGGAAGGGCUCAUGCAGAAAAUGCUGUUGGAGGAAGCAAAGCAUAGAUUUGGGGAUCAUGUGGCAAUCUCUUCAUUGGCAGUGCUGGUGGAGGAUGCGGAGUCAGGUAAAAGGAGAAUCAUCCAUGAUGCGACUCAUGGUACAAAACUUAACCACAGGAUCAAAUGCAGAGACAAAACCCGCAGUCCUGGAGCGAGGGAAAAACAAUACCUUUUGUCUUACUACAAAGAGCGGAGGAAAGCCUUGGUGAGUCUGGUAGGGGACAUUAGCAAAGCGCACAGGCGCUUCCUUCACGAUCCGGCAGAGCGGGGUCUUUUGGCUUGUAGGGUCAAAGAAACUGAUCCUUUCCUGUACGUCAACAACUGUGGAACUUUUGGAGUAGCCAGUGCGAGCUACUGGUGGGGGAGGAUCUCAGGAGCAGGGAUCAGACUGGUCCAUGAAUUGCUGGGGCCGGAGCGAGCAGUGGAGCUUUUAAUUUUUGCAGAUGAUUUGGAAGGUUUGGGUGCAGAUUCUUCAGGCAGACAAGGACUGGUCUUGAGUUUUUUAUAUCUGUCUGCACUGGGCUUCCCUUUUAAGUGGGCCAAGCAAAGGGGAGGACAGAAGGUGGAAUGGAUUGGCCUGUACACUGACUAUGCCACAUUCAGGUUAGGGUUGUCACCACGACGAUCGGCUUGGAUGUGCAAUUGGGUUGGAAGCUUGGCGGCCUCUGGUAAGGUGACACAGAAAGUUUUUGAGCAAGGGCUGGGGAGACUGGGUUUUUCAGCAUCAGCCUUGUUGUGGGAGCGGCCGUUUUUGGGCCCUUUGUAUAGUUGGAAUGCUGCGGUCAGGGGAAAGCGUGGAACUUUGAAAAUCCCAGCCAUGCUGAGAGCGAUACUUCUUUUCUUAGCGGACAGGAUCAAGGCAGGUGGAGAUUUACACACCCCACCACCGCUGGGGGGACCUGACGGGGAACAUCUAUUGUUUUUUACGGAUGCCAAGGCUACAGAACAUUCGGCUUGGAUUGGAGGCUAUAGACAAGACAGCCAGGGGAAGAUUGUUGAGUGGUUUUCUGAAGAAGUAGAUAGAGAGUGGGCGCCAUGGAUCUUUUUGAAACGGGAUCCGAAACGGGUUAUUGCUUCACUGGAACUCUUAGCCAGUCUCGUGGCGGUGAAGUUGUGGGCGCCUCGAGAAGGGCGAAAGAACAUGGCAACAUGUUUUUUGCGAGGGAAGACUGACAACCAGUCAAACACCUAUGCCUUGUCGAAAUGGAUGAGUACCAAAUUUCCUUUGACUUUGCUGAUCAUGGAGUUUUCUGAGACCUUGCGUUUGGGUCGGUGUGAGCUUAGUUUGGAUUGGAUAGCGAGGGACUUUAACCAGUUAGCAGAUGACCUCACCAACAACGAUUUUGAAAAGUUUGUGGGGUUCCCGAGAGUCAGAUGGGAUCCAAAGAGAGAGAAAUGGUUGGUCCUGGAGUCUUUCUUGAAACAUGCGAGCGAAUUCCAUGCUGAAUUGGCGAAAGAAAAGCAGACGAAACGGGUGCUCCCAAAGAAGUUGCCAAAAUCGAAAAGACAGAAACUUGAGAAGUGGUGA